UCGUGUGAGACAACAAGUCAGUCGCAGCAUCAAAUGUCUACAUUUGCCUGCCAGUUAUUGUCUGAUGUUAUUGAGAUAAUUCUCAAUUAGAGUAAAAUUUUCAAUUGCAUUAAUUAAAAAGCAUAUCGCAGCUAGUUGAAGCAGGAAUCUAGUAAAUGAAAUCAGUUGUGAAGUGAGGUACACGUUAACAGUCGAGAGGAGUAUCCAACUAAAUUUAAAAUCGUCGUACACUGGUUCGCAAGAUGUUUCUGUUACGUCUUCUUUCUCGCCCUGCUGUUGGUUCCAGCAGAAUCAGCACAAUCGGCGUUUUCGGCACGGCAAUGGUAGCGAUAAAUCUGCUUUCAUCAUCCAGCGUUCUAGCCUGCCCUUCGUCACAGAGCAAUCCGCUUUCUUCGCAGAAGUCGGCGACAGAUACCGGGCCAUCUUCGGUCUAUGACUUCAGUGCAGUUGACAUCGAUGGAAACAAGGUAGAACUUGAGCGCUAUCGAGGUCACGUGCUGAUUAUCGUCAACGUUGCCUCCAAAUGUGGCUACACGAAUGGUCAUUACAAGGAACUGAACGAACUGUACGAGGAGUACAGCAAAACAGAAGGUCUCCGCAUUCUAGCAUUUCCGUCCGACCAGUUCAACCAGGAACCGGACAGCAACGAAGAGAUCAAGCACUUUGCCCGGGACACGAAGGGGGCCAAGUUCGAUCUGUUCGCCAAAAUUUACGUCAACGGAGACGAAACGCACCCGUUGUGGCAGUUCCUGAAGCAACGCCAGGGCGGUACGCUGUUCGACGCCAUCAAGUGGAACUUCACCAAGUUUAUUGUGGACAAAAACGGCCAACCAGUGGAGCGGCAUGGGCCGCAAACCAGUCCGCUUCAGCUGCGCGAUAACUUGAAGAAAUACUUUAACCAAUGAUGGGCGCUAAAGAACGAUGAUCCAGCUUUUCUUGUUAUAGUAUUACCAACUGAUUUGACCAAACAAGUUACAGUUCACUACAUAUAUUUUCAAAGCCUUUUUAUGAAUUACAAAAUGAUACAAAUACCCUUAUUGAUUAAAUAUUGGUUAUUGUGAACAGUAGCAUCAAACAAAUAUGUUUAUUAGAUUAAUAGUUAACAACCAAAACAUAUAACGUAUUAAAUUUUAAAUAUUUAAACAUAUUAAGUAUUCAUAAUGAAGAUACAAGUUAGAAAAUUCUGCAAGCGAAAUAAAAAUAACAAGAAAAUGUGUUUGGAACAAGAAGAAAGUUAGGCCGUAAGUCGUGACAAACAUAAUUAUCAAGUUCUCUCUCCUUCUAGUAUGUUUAAGCUCUGGAGUUGUUAUUGGAAUUAUACUUCUGCUUUUAACAAUGAA